GUAAAAAUUUGGUUCCAAAAUCGUCGCUCGAAAUAUAAAAAAAUGAUGAAAGCUGCACAAGGCCCAGGCACCGGUAGUGGUAUGCCUUUGGGCGGAGGUGGUCCAAAUCCUGGUCAACACAGUCCAAAUCAAAACAUGCAUGCUGGCGGUAACAACGGUGGUGGUUCAAAUAGUGGUUCACCGUCACAUUAUCUACCUCCCGGACACAGUCCGACGCCAUCAAGUACGCCUGUAUCUGAACUAUCACCUGAAUUCCCUCCAACGGGUUUAAGUCCGCCAACGCAAGCACCAUGGGAUCAAAAACCCCAUUGGAUAGAUCAUAAACCACCGCAAAUGACACCACAGCCAACUCAUCCUGCAGCGACACAUCCUCAAGCGCAUCAUCACAACCCGCCACCACAAAUGGGCGGCUAUGUACCUCAGUAUUGGUAUCAGCCAGAAACAAAUCCGUCGUUAUUAACGUAGGGUAUGGCCAGCGGUUUAACAUUAACCAACCGACAACAGUUUCACCAAACCGAUCCUAUUUUUAUAGAUAAUUUCAAUGCGUACAUUUAAAAAUUAUAAUUAAAAAUGUUAUUAAAUAUUUAUGAUUAGCACGCAUAAUAAUAAAUAUGUUAUGAGUAUAAGGAAAUCUAACAGAUUUUGGCGUGA